AUGAGCACGACAGAGACCCCUCUACCGUCUCUGGUCGUUACGUCCGCCAUACCCUCUGCUCUGGUCGCUCACCAGGUAUUCCGGAAGCAUGAGACAUACUCCAUCCUCGUCCACGCCUUCCUCCUCCUCGGCCCACCCGCCAUCAUCGCUGGCUACCUCACCUCCGCCUCCAUCUCGACCUCGACAUUCGCGAACGCCUUCCAGGUCGCCUGCGCGACAUACCUCGGCACCCUCUCCCUCUCCGUCGUCGCCUACCGCCUCUCACCCUGGCAUCCACUCGCGCGCUACCCCGGUCCGUUCCUCUGGCGCGUCUCCAUGCUCUUCCCUGCGCUCGAGAGCACGACAGGGGGGCGCGCGAAAUCCAUCCGCGCUCUGCACGCCAAGUACGGCGACGUCAUCCGCGUCGGACCGAAUGAAUUGGACAUCGUGGAUGCAUCCGCAAUCCCGACGGUCUUUGGGAUCCCGGGCGUGCCUCACGGCCCAGACUACAUCGGGGGCAUGCUCUCCGACCAGAACUUGCCCAUGGUCGGUAUCAUGGACGGGGACGAACACCUCUCCCGCAGGCGCCCGUGGAACAGGGGCCUCGCGCCGUCCGCACUGAAGGAGUAUGAGCCGCGCGUCCGUGCGCGCGGGAAUCAGCUUCUCACACGGCUGGGGGAGCAAAAUGGCGAAGUUGUCCUUGGGAAGUGGUUCAACUACUUCUCGUACGACUUCAUGUGCGACAUGGCGUUCGGAGGCGGUUCCGAGCUGCUCCGCGACGGCGACAAGAACAACGUGUGGCAUAUGCUCGAGCAAGCAAUGCCGCUGGCGACGUUCUUCGCACAGUUGCCCUGGCUCGCGAUCUAUGUCGGAUAUAUCCCUGGCGCGGCGGUCCCUCUCAACAUGCUUUUCCGCCACGCGCGCGCUCUUGCCCAAGGGCGCGUAGACCGCGGGUCGACUGCGCGCGACCUCUUCCACUACCUCCAGAACAAUGAAGACCUGCAGCACAAGCCCGCGCCUCCUACGCGCCAGCUCGUCGACGACGGCAUCCUCGCGGUCGUCGCGGGAUCGGACACGACUUCGUCGUCGCUCACGUCGCUCUUCUUCCUCAUCCUCACCCACCCCGAUGUCUACGCUCGCCUUCAGGAAGAGGUCGACAAGUACUAUCCGAAGGGCGAAGACGUUUUCGAUCCGAAAGCGCACCGCGAUAUGCAUUACUUGCAAGCUGUUAUAAACGAGGCGCUCCGCCUCUUCCCGCCCGUCGCUGCCACGGGAAUGCGCAAGGUCCCGCACGACGCUCCUCCUCUACAGCUGGGCUCGAUCAUGGUUCCCCCAGGCACUGGGGUCCGCAUGCCCGCGUUCACGCACCAGCAAGACCGGCGCUACUUCUCAUUCCCCACCACUUUCUGGCCCGAGCGCUGGCUCGCCGCCUCCGGCACCAUCGCGCUCCCCACCGCGCUCGCGCGCCUGCCCCCCACAUCCGUGCGCGAUCCUCCCCUCUCCCCGUCGGCGCUCGCCGCGCUCAAGGAACAGGCGGACGGGCCCUCCGCGCUGACGCACGUCGAGCUCGCGUUCACGCCGUUCUCGCACGGGCCGAUGAACUGCCCAGGCAAGGGCCUAGCGAUGCUCGAGACGCGGACGGUCGUGUGCGCGGUCUUGCAGCGGUUCAGGGUGCGCUUGCGGCCGGAGUGGGACCCGGCGGAGUACGAUCGGGGGUAUCUGGACUACUUCAGCGCGACGCGGCCGGCGCUGCCCGUGCUGCUCGAGGAGCGGUGA